AUGGACGAGGACGAGGACGAGGACAAGGAGAACGACGUGCCGGCCAGAAUCGUGCCUGGGAGGAGGAAGAGGAAGAUUGUGAGCGAUAGUGAAGAUGAGGAGGAGGAAGAAGAAGAAGAAGAAGAGAAGAAGGAGACGAAGACGAAGACGAAGAAGAAGAAGACCACCAAGGAGGUGACCCCUCCUCCAUCACCACCACCACCACCACCACCACCGGCGCAGCCAGCGCCAAAGAAGACUGGCUCCGCUCUCGCCGAGCUUCGCGCCCGCAAGGGCUUGCAGUGA